AUGUCCGGCUACGUCUACAUCCUCCACUCCGCGACGGUCCCGCACCUCGUCAAGAUCGGCUUUUCGACAAGGCCGCAACGCCGCGUCCGGCACCUGCGGACGCAAUGCCAGCUACCGGACCUCGAGAUUGUGCAUCUGACGCCGUAUAUCGAGGGACAGGCGAGGCGCCUGGAGCGGCUCGUGCACCGGGAACUACGUUGGUACAGGGAGCGGCGGCCGGUUGAUCGCGGCGGUCGCACGUCGUUUCAGAGGGAGUGGUUCCGUUGCAGCGUGGCGAGGGCUAGACGCGAUGUUGAUAUGACGAUGAUUCUCCUGACGGAUCCGGAGUGUGUUCGUGCUCUAUGGCGCAUGCGGUACACUUUGUGA